AGUUGUCCGGAACGAUUUUGACGUUACUCCGUCUUUGCUAGCAGAUACUUUUCUGUUGUGUUCGUUUCUCUCUAGAUAAGAAAUUCACAUUAAAGUCUAUUUUUUUCCUUUCUAAACUGUUACCAUAUGGCGGGGAACUUCUGGCAAAGUUCACAUUAUCUGCAGUGGGUUCUGGAUAAACAAGACCUAAUGAAGGAACGCCAGAAGGACUUGAAGUUCCUUACAGAAGAUGAGUAUUGGAAGCUGCAGAUUUUUUUCGCCAAUGUGAUCCAGGCUUUGGGUGAGCACCUGAAGCUGAGACAGCAGGUCAUUGCUACAGCUACAGUCUACUUUAAACGCUUCUACGCCAGGUACUCUCUGAAAAGUAUAGAUCCAGUGCUCAUGGCUCCUACCUGUGUGUUUYUGGCUUCUAAAGUUGAGGAAUUUGGAGUUGUAUCAAAUACCAGACUGAUCUCUGCAGCAACCUCUGUUUUGAAAACAAGAUUCUCUCACGCCUUUUCAAAGGAAUUCCCUUACAGAAUGAAUCAUAUUUUAGAAUGUGAGUUCUACCUUUUAGAGUUGAUGGACUGCUGCCUGAUUGUGUACCACCCCUACAGACCCCUCYUGCAGUAUGUGCAGGACAUGGGACAGGAGGACAUGCUGCUGCCUCUGGCCUGGCGGAUCGUGAACGAUACUUACAGGACAGAUCUGUGUCUGCUCUACCCUCCCUUCAUGAUUGCCCUAGCCUGCCUGCAUGUUGCUUGUGUGGUGCAGCAGAAAGACGCCAGGCAGUGGUUUGCUGAGCUCUCRGUGGACAUGGACAAAAUCUUGGAGAUUAUCCGUGUGAUGCUGAAGCUUUACGAACAGUGGAAAAACUUUGAUGACAGGAAGGAGAUCGCUGCUAUCCUGAACAAGAUGCCAAAACCUAAACCACCUCCUAACAGUGAGAGUGAUCAGAGCUCCAAUGGGAACCAAAGCAACUCCUACAGCCAGUCUUAGCAAAACGUCUCCAUUCUCAUGAGAAUCCAUAAUGUUAUACACUUUGGGAGGGGGCUGAAUGUUUCAAACCCAUCACAACCUCUGCAGAGUCCGUUCACCGAAAGCUGAUCAAGAUGUCCUGACACGCCUAACAAACCCUCUCCGUCUUCACCCUCCCCUCCUCUGAUUGUGGAUUCUUGGGUUGGCAAAGUGAAGCCACGACAUCAGGCUGCGUCUCAGUCGGGCCAACGACUCGGACUUGAAUUUAAACUGACGAAACCCGACUGGAGAACAAAUGUGACGGUUCAUUAAAAGAYCCCCCGUCGUUAAUAGCAAUCCUGAAAUCCUUGAACCGCCCCUGGGGAGCGAGUCGUUUCGUACGKCGCUCCGUGGGAUUUUCAGAAAACUUGAUCACAAGUGCUGUGCGUGUGUGUCUGUGUGUAGUACACGUGUGUUUUCAUUCCUCAGGGAUUGCAGUAGUUCUCCCUCUACAUGAACGAUAUGGUUCUGAGCAGAUGAGUUGGAUUUAAUCAGAYGUGACUGGAGACUCCUGCCUUCUAAAGAGACAGUAGCUUAGGAUGAAAACAUCCUGAGAGAAGCUCCUUUUUGAAACAUGAGUUUACUGUUUGAAUCAUGUCAACAAAAGCUUUUCCACCCAUUCCCUCACCUGCUGUAAAUAGCCUUAUAAUUUCAUUGAUUUUAUCGUUUGUUUUUGCUUUAAGUAAAAAGGAUAAAAUAUUGUUUUAACUUUAUUUGUGUAGCAAAAAGGAUGUUUUAGAUCUUUGAAAGCUGGGUUCUGUUAAAAACAGUUGAUUUGACAUGUUGGGGAUAGCUCUGUGAACGACCUAAGUUUGGAAAAAAAAAGUUUAUUUAAGACUGACCUGAUGAGCUAGUUUGAACCAGACCAAGAACWAAUGUAUAUUUUUUAAACCUUUACGCUGUCAAUUUCUGCGUUCUCUGGUUAUUUAGUCAAAGAUGUGAAAUUCCUGCCAGACGUCAAAUAUGGGUCUCUGUAGUACGUAAAGGGGAGUCUCUUGUGAUUGGUCGUGUUAACUUCUCUUGUGGGGCARGUUAAAAGAUGAAUUAAUAGUAWUAGUAAAAUUAUUGUGAACAUGUAAGCAUAAUUUAUUGACUAGCAUCUUCCUGUCUCAAGUAAUGUCUAAAAUUAACGUUUACGUUAAAAUAAAUAUGUUAUUCCAGGAUGCUUUGGGUUGUUUUGACUGAACCAAAGRUUUUUGCACAUCCUUCCACAUGUACGGUGUCCAAAUUCUGUGCCGCAAGCACCUUCCUUUCUUUUUAAAUUAAUAUUUAUAUUUAAAAAUAUGGGUGUUUUCGGGCCAUUUAAACUGAGAAUUAUGUCCCACCAGCUGCCAUCAUUCUUUAAACCCCACCCAAAGUAGUCAGUCCGACCAAUCACGUCUUGGACAAACUCCUCCCACACAAAAAACUCCCACUUAGUAACUGCAGAGACCCUUUCUCUGAGAUUUGCCCCAGGCUGCAGUGCUACAGCUAGCCGUUGCCACUGCUGCUAUUAUGGCAGAAAAUGUAAAUAAUUUUGUUAGAAAUUAUUGUCAGCGGUGUGAAUGUUUAUAAAAUAGUGUUAUAAUUUGCACCUAAGGCUGCAUUCCUUUUUAGUCCCUACUCAAGCUAGCUGUUAGCACUUCAAUUUGAUUUGAGUUAAAUUAUGUUUCUCCAGUCUAAAAUUCUUCCAAGAGCUUUAUCUACAACAGGUAAGAUGYUAACUGUUCAGAAACCSACUUUGAAACCUCGGAAAAUGGUGGAAAAUCUUUUUGCUGAUUUUUUUUCCCGUUUUGAACAUUACUUUUUUUGUCCUAAAUAGAAUAAUGUUUUGUGGAACGCUUUUUUAUGUAGAAAUCUUGGUUUUUAAAUGGUAAAGGACUUUAUUUUGUUUAGUGCGUGCAUGUGUAAAUGCAAAUCAAAAUCAUUUUGUCUUUAUCUGCAACUUUUCCUUUAAUUGUAUCUGCUCUCAGCCAUCUGUGUAAAUCACCAAACAGUUGCAACACAUUUGUGCUCCUGCCUGCAGAUGUCUCUGUUGUAGUGAAGCGGGAGCAGUGUGUGAGCRUGACUGUUUGUCCUGACAAGGUGCUUGAAAGCCUUAGAAAAUAAAAGCUGCUGAUAAGAGAAAAGUCCUUAAUAACAGGACACUUAAGUGUGUUUUAAGGUGAUUAUUUUUUUCUCCCCUUGAAAAAUCCAUUCAAAGUAGCUAAUAAGAUGAUUUUGUUUAGGGUGAAAUGAACAGAUGUGACAGUGACCCCUUCAAUCAAGCAAAUCCUCUUUUGUUUGGUUUGGUUUUGUGUAGCCUUUUUUUUUUAAAUUUAUUUGUUUUUGCUGUUCAUGUGAAUUAAGAAAGAGGGCUUCAUGCUAAUUUACUACUUCAAACCCCUUCCUAACAUUGUCACUUGAAAUGUUGAGUUGGCUAAUAAAGUGUGUGCAAACGAAA